UUUUCUCUCAACUAUUAUUCAGUGCAGUGCAGUGCAGUGCAGUGCAGCAGCUCCGUUUGCAAAUCUUGAAGCUCUGCAUCAGUGAGUGAUUCAACCAUGCGUGGAGGUGGAGGAUCAAAUUAGCACUUAGAAGAGCAGCCAUACAAAGAAAUGAUGCCCAAUUUUCUCAUUUCAAGGUUAGCUUCUUCCUUUAAAACCCUAAAUCUCAACAACCCCAAAUCCCAAUUGAAUCUUCUUCAACAGCAUAAAUCGCAUCUCAUUUCCUUCAAUUCACUCGCAACCAAAGAUACCAAACGCCCAAAAGAUCACAACUUUACAAUCUCCUAUCUAAUCGCCGAAUGCGGAUUCUCCCCCGAGACCGCCGCGCUUUUGUCACAAAAGGUUCAAUUCAAAACCCCUGAAAAGCCAAACGCGGUCUUAGCCCUCCUCAGACAAUAUGGAUUCUCCGAUACGCAGAUCGCUAAGUUCAUUCAGAAGCGACCGUUGUUCCUCCUCACUGAUGCGGAAAAGAUCAUUAAGCCCAAGCUCAUGUUUUUCUCCUCCAUUGGGAUUCCACGUGUUCUCCUCCCAAAACUUGUGAUUGAGAACCAAAACCUGUUAGCGAGGAGCUUGGAGAAGUGCCUCAUUCCGCGCUAUGAGGUCCUGAAGAGUGUUGUUCGAAGUGAGCAAGAAAUUGUUUGUUCAUUGAAGCGCGGUGCAAUGGCUUUUGUGUUGUGUGAUGUGAUGAAGAAUUUGAUUCCCAACACAAAGGUUUUGAGAGAUUUGGGUGUGCCUCAGAGUUCAAUCUCACUGUUGGUUAUGUUUCACCCGAGCGAGGCGUUUAUGAAUCAUGAGAGGUUUGCUAAAUUUGUGAAGUUGGCAAAGGAAAUGGGGUUUGAUCCUAACAAGUGCAAUUUCAUCAGUGCCGUACAUGUGCUCUCGCAUAUGGAUUGCGCCAAGAUGGACCGAAAAAUGAAGUCUUUGGAGAAAUGGGGUUGGUCAAAAGAGGUGUCCCUUUCGUCGUUUAGAAAGUUCCCUACUUUCAUGUCAUAUUCGCCGGAGAGGAUCGGGCGAGCGAUGAGAUUCUUGGUGGAGGAUAUGGGUUGGUCUUCCGAGGACAUUGCGAGGUUCCCCACAACUCUAGGAUACAGCUUGGAGAAGAGGGUUAUCCCUAGAUGCCAUGUGAUUAAGGUCUUGAAAUCGAAACGACUCGUCAAAGAUCAGUUAUGCUUGGCAACAUUCAUGUGUAUGAAGGAGGAAGAGUUUUUGGAGGACUUUGUGACUAAGUAUCUGGAUCAGGUGCCUCUUCUACCUAAGGUAUAUCAAGGUUUGGUUGAUUAUAAGGAUUUACUUUAGCAUUCGAGAUUUUUCUUACUUUUGUUGUAGACUUGUAGUUGUGCAUUCAUUGCAAAGUUGGACAUAUCGAUUUCACUUUUUGUGCAUGGAUUUGAGACUGAGUUGCAGUUCAUUGAGAACUUGAGAAGGGCAUUGUUUGCAUAAGCCAUUAAUUUUGUAUCAUGUUGAUCCCUUAA